AGAUACUUCCUGUGGAUGACAAUGCAUGAUAUCUACAGAAUAGGAGCAAAGUGGCUAAACUUUGCCCCACAAUACCAUGACCAUGCAUACUGCACACACUGUCACAAUGAUUUAGAAAGCAUGUGUCACAUAUUAACAAAAUGCUCUUCACUGGGACAGAAUGAGAUAUAG